GAGAAUUCGAUGAAGGUUGUUGUUGUAGGUUAUGCUCUUACGUCUAAGAAGAUCAAGAGCUUCUUGCAGCCGAAGCUUGAAGGUUUGGCUAGAAUUUUGAGCACGAAUAAUUUUGGAAAAUCAACGAACCAUUUCCCCUUUUUUCCUAGUGGUAUGAAGAAAUACUCUUUCGGAAGGAGGACUUCUCUUGCCUGUCGGGUAGUGGGAUUCUUCUGUUUUCUCUAGAAAGAUUCUUGUGUUUUGAAUAUUCAUAUAUUCUUUUAACCUGUAGACGAUAAGUAUUUGAGUAUCAAUUUAUGCAAUAAAUGAUUGUUUUGGCUUGGCUCUUUGAAUCUUUAUCAAGUAAUUAUUUUGAGUUAGCACCACAAUUUCACAAUGAAAAAUUUUGAACAUUUUUUAAUAGUUAUCCCCUUCCUAACAGGCCCUCUUCCUCGAAUUGAUAAGAUAUUUCUGCUUUCAAGGAAUAGAUCAAGAUGUAUAUGAAAAAUUCAUAAGGGCCAUUGCCAUUAUUUGAUUCGAAUCAUCAAGCAAAAUGUAUACUCCAAUAAUAUAUCUUAUUCAUGUAUGGUGGAUCACAAUUCAUAUUGACCAGACAUGGUUGUGGAGCUUAGUUAUUAUGUUUUGUGGGUUUUUAUGUAAAUAUUGCUGAUUUAGAACUUCUUAGUUGUCUAGUGAAUGGAAACACUCAACGUUGGGAUUUGGUGAAGUUGUAACAAAUAACUAAUGAGCUAAGGAACAUUCUUGGUGUUGGAACAAGAAUACUUCUGUUGUUGCAUCACAAGGAUGCCUACAUUUUUGUGUUUUACAUUAUAUCUGUUAUAUAAAUUACGUCAGAAUAGUUGAAGGGAUUAUUCAAUUUGAAUGGGUUAAUGAUUUAUAAAAAGUAGUAUAACAACUCUCUGAAUUGAUUACAAGUUCACCACAUAAUGCAGAGUUUUAGAUUUUAUUAGUGUUAUGUAUGGAUUAGUGUCACAAGAUUAUUUGCUAAUAAUUUUUUGUCUUGCCCACCUAUGUUUGUUUUUUUGUUGUAGUGUUUGUAUGAUAUACAUAUUUUUUAGCUAGUCCCAAAUCUCCUUCUAAUGGAUUGUGAUUGUCUCACUGCCGGUGGUGGAAUUGUAACAUUAGAAACAUGAGCAAUCUUUGAAGAACUGGUUUCAAGUUUCAUAAAUUCUAAUGUUGACAUCAGUUAUUGCUUAUUUCCUAGUGUACCUUUAGACGUUAGGUUUCUCUUGGAUUUGUGCUGUGAGUUGGCCAUUAACUACAGCUUUGGUUGUAUGAAAUGCAGGAAUAAGGGGAUAUUUUUUGUUGCUAUUGAUCAAACCAGGCCUCUUUCAGAUCAAGGUCCUUUUGACAUUGUGCUGCAUAAGAUGUCUGGGAAGGAAUGGCAGCAAAUUCUUGAGGAUUAUCGCCUGACACAUCCAGAAGUUACAGUGCUUGAUCCUCCAGGUGCUAUACAAAAUCUGUACAAUAGACAGUCUAUGCUUCAGGAUGUUGCUGAUCUAGAUUUUUCUGAUGCAUAUGGUACAGUUGGUGUCCCGAAACAAUUGGUGAUAGAAAAAGAUCCAUCAUCUAUUCCUGAUGCUGUUAAGAAGGCAGGACUAUCCCUACCUCUUGUUGCAAAGCCUUUGGUUGCCAAGUCACAUGAGCUAUCGCUUGCUUAUGAUGAGUAUUCUCUUCAGAAGCUAGACCCUCCCCUUGUUCUUCAAGAGUUUGUUAAUCAUGGAGGUGUUCUGUUCAAAGUGUACAUUGUUGGGGAUGCAAUUAAGGUUGUGCGGCGUUUCUCUUUACCUGAUGUCAGCAAGCGUGAGCUGUCAAGAAGCGUUGGCGUGUUUCGCUUUCCAAGGGUUUCAUCUGCUGCCCAAUCGGCAGAUGAUGCAGAUUUAGACCCAUGUAUUGCUGAGCUUCCUCCACGAGCCUUACUUGAGCGCCUUGCGAGAGAACUUCGUCGACGGCUGGGCCUUCAUCUGUUCAACUUGGAUAUGAUUCGUGAGCAUGGAACCAGAGAUCGGUUUUAUGUGAUUGACAUAAAUUAUUUUCCUGGGUAUGGUAAAAUGCCAGAAUACGAGCAUAUAUUUACGGACUUUCUUUUGAACCUGGCUAAAAGCAAGUACAAGAAACGGUCUGCCAAUUUACCAUGAAGGAAGAACAUGUUGAUUUGAAUAAAAGCACCCGGUCGACAACCUAAAAGAUGCUGUACGCAGCAAUCUGUGAGUCCAUUGAAAGGAAGGCAGUUGCCUGCUGGUGGUGGCCAAGCAAAGCAAAGCAAAGCAUGCACAGAAAGUUGAGAAAGAGAGAGAUUGGUUGAAUCGGUUUUCUUUCUCUGUGUUGAAGGAAAUGGGCUGCAUUUUUAGAUGAAUGAAGAGGCAUGCCACCAUCCAUCCAUCCAUCCAUGCGUGGUUGGUUAGUACUGGUCUGAUUUAUGUUGAGCAGUUUGCAUAUGUGUUGUAGAUAUUUGAUUUGAAUUAGGUGAUGAUACGUUGUUCGCAUGUCGAUACUGAAAGAUGUUACUCGUGAUUUGAACCACUUUGUUUGUGUUUCUGCAUGGCAUGAAUGGAUUUAGUUCUGGAACU